CCAACCAUGAUUGGAUAAUUAAAAGAUCAGCUAGUAUUAAGUUUACUAUAUUAAAUAAGUUAACUAUAAACAAAGGCAAUAAGUUACAUAGUACAAUAUUUAUGUACUCGUAAUCAAAGUUAUUAUUAUAAAUCACGACUGUACAUUUAUUUUACUUUAUUUAAGUGAAGAACGAAAAAUUUACCAGACCGUACGUGUGUAAGACUGAGAUAACACUAUAUGUGGGAGGUGACGUCCUUUUAAAUGAAGAAGAUUAGUUAAUCUUGUAUGCAGUCUUAAUGAAUGUACUACAAAUAGUGAUUACACGCAGAUAGAUACUUACUAUAAUAAUAUUAUGUAUAUACUAUGUGUAAAUAAAGCUGAUAUUUGGUAGUGGAAAACUUCAAAGCGUUAUAAAUAUAAAUUUAUAAUUUCAAUUACUUGACACUCGACAACUGGCGUGCGUGUAUAGUAUAUGCUAAUAUUUUAUUGUAAUUUAAUUAAUAGCUUAUACAUCGUAUAUUUAAAUACCAUCACAAGAAAUGUGGUAUAAAAUUAAUAAGUAACAAUUAUUAUUAUAACUAAGUAUUCAUAAAAAAAUUAUAAUACGAAUUAAAUACUCUCGCUAUAUACAUUAUGAAUAGAGAGACACCAAAGGCAGAUAUUAAGACAGAACGACCUCCUAAUCCAAGAUGUAAUGCAAAUUUUUUUGAAAUCAUCACUCAUAGUUGGAUAUCAAAACUAUUAAAAAUAGGACGUCUCAGAGAUUUAAAUGAAACGGAUUUGUAUACAACAUUAGAUGACCAGAAAUCAUCGCCAUUAGGCGAUAAAUUGGAAAAGAUAUGGAGAUCAGAGUUAGCCAAAUCGUCUUCAAUGAAUCGAAAUCCAAAUUUGUUGAGAGCUUUGAUCCGAAUGUUUGGUGCUAAAUUUAUUCUAUAUGGAUUUCUGUUUUGCAUAAUCGAAAUAAUUUUCAAUUUGUCUCAACCUAUAUUAAUUGGUGAACUAUUAGCAUACUUCAACCAUAAUCAUUCCAAAAAUAUUGAUAUAAAAUAUGCAUACCUAUACUCAUCAGGUUUAAUAUGCAGCAUACUUAUGUCAACUAUCCUUAUCUUUUACACAUAUGAAGAAAUUAUGAACGAAAUAAUGAAGGUGAAAGUUGCUUGUUGUUCUUUAAUCUUCAGAAAGACAUUAUGCCUGAGUCAUAAAACUUUUGGCGAAACUGCCGUUGGACAAGUGAUCAAUUUGAUAUCGAAUGAUGUAAAUCGAUUCGAUUGUGCAAUAAAUCUACAUUAUUUAUGGAUCGGACCCCUACAAAUAAUAAUUGGAAUAUAUUUUUUGUGGCAAGAAAUUGGUGUGUCCUUAUUAGUUGGAGUAGCUACAUUUUUUUUCUUUAUUCCAUUACAAAGUUGGAUGGGGAAAAUAAUUUCUAAAUUUCGUUUGCAGACUGCAAAGAAGACCGAUGAAAGAAUACGAUUAAUGAAUGAAAUCAUUUCGGGGAUACAAGUGAUCAAAAUGUACACAUGGGAAAAACCAUUUGUUAAUCUCAUAAAAUAUAGUAGAAAAAUAGAGGUUGAACAAAUAAAAGGAGCCACAUUUAUUAAAUUCAUAUGGAUAUCAUUUAAAGUAAUUCAAUCGAGAUUCCAAAUAUUUAUUAGCAUUUUAAUAUACGUGUUAUUAGGAAAUAAAAUAUCUUUCCAAAAAGUUUACGUUCUUAUAUGUUUCUUCAAUCUGCUACAUAUGUCAAUGGCAGUAAAAUUUUCUAUCAGUUUGUUGGGAAUAGGUGAAUUAAUUGUAUCAAUUAAACGCAUACAACAUUAUUUAUUACUCGAGGAAAAAGAUCAUCAAAUCCAAAACUCUCAUUUAAAAUAUGAUAAUUCAGUGGAACAAAACAUUGGACAAUCAUCCAUUGUUGAUGACCAUACUGCAAAUAACUGUAAUGACAUUGAAGACAAAAAAGAAUCUGUUAAUAGUAAUAGUAUAGUUAUUUUGAACAUUUCUGCUAAAUGGACAGAUGUUCAAACUAAUAAUACAUUAGAAAAUAUUAAUUUAACAGUAAAUUCUGGACAAUUGGUUGCAGUUAUCGGACCAGUAGGAGCCGGUAAGAGUUCAUUAAUACAAGCAAUUUUAAAAUAAUUGUCUGUCUUUAAAGGCAAAAUAUCUGUGGAUGGCGUUUUAUCUUAUGCAUCACAGGAACCAUGGAUAUUUUCUGGUACUAUUCAACAAAAUAUUCUUUUUGGAUCACCAAUGGACGAAGAACGUUUCAAAGAAGUUAUUGAUGUCUGUGCUCUAAAAAGCGAUCUUGAACAUUUUCCACUUGGCGAUGAAACGAUAGUGGGGGAAAGAGGAACAACUUUGAGCGGAGGACAAAAAGCAAGAAUUAAUUUAGCAAGAGCGGUGUACAAAAAAGCUGAUAUUUACUUACUUGAUGAUCCACUUUCAGCUGUUGACGUUAAAGUUGGCAAUCAUUUAUUUGAAAAAUGCAUUAAAAACUAUCUCAAAAAAAAAGCAUGUAUUCUUAUUACUCAUCAAGUACAUCAUUUAUCCGAAGUUGAUCAUAUUGUUCUAAUGGAUAAUGGUAAAAUAAUAAUUGAAGGAUCAUAUCAAUAUAUUCAAGCUUCUAAUUUGGAUUUUGCAAAAGUACUUGGACCUUUAAAUGGUACAACCAUUGAAAAUAAAAUUGAAACUAAUAUAAUGAACAACAAUGAGGUCGAGUUACGCUUGGAUUCAUCUCAGAUCGGUUCUAACGAAAAUAUUUUAUCAUCCAAGUUUAAAGAGUCAUCUCAAAAACCUAAUACAAAAUCACCAUAUGAGUUUGGCAAAUAUAAAUCCAAAAAUGUUUUAAUAUCGUACAUAUCUUCUAGUGAGAGUUCAUACAACGUAUUUUUUGGAUUUUUUAUGUGCAUCUUAAUUCUGGGACUUACUGUCGGAGGAGAAUUUUGGCUUAGCUAUUGGGUUAAUCAGGAAUUAUUUUAUAAUCAGAAAACUACAUUUAAUAACAGUUUAUCAGAAACACAUGAUCCAUCUAACUUAUUAUUAUGGUUUAACAAUAAUAAUGAAUACUAUGUUAUCAUUUAUACAUUUUUCAUGGUUUCCCUGAUCAUAUCAGUGAUAAUUAGGUCUGCUAUAUUUGUCCAAAUUACCAUGAAAGCUUCAAUUAAUUUACACAAUCGAAUGUUCAAUUCCAUAGUAGGAACCACUAUGUCUUUUUUUAAUAUAAAUUCAUCAGGAUUCAUAAUGAAUCGCUUUUCAAAAGACUUAGGAGCUGUGGAUGAAAUCUUACCAGAUAUUUUUUUGGAUACCUUACAAAUUUUUAUGUUCAUUUUUGGGACUGUAAUUAUUGUAGGAUUUACCAAUAUUUAUCUAUUGAUACCAACAGUUAUUAUUGGAAUUAUGGUCUAUAAAGUUAGAGAAUAUUAUUUCUAUACAUCACAAAACAUCAAAAGGUUAGAAGCAUCUACACGAAGUCCUGUAUUAGCACAUAUGAAUGCAUCGUUACAGGGUUUAAUAACAAUUCGAGCCUUUGGAGCAGAACAAAUAUUGUCACAAGAAUUUGACAGACAUCAAGAUUUACAUUCCUCAGCUUCACAUAUAUAUACAUGUUUGAAUCAAGGAUUCGGAUUUUGGAUAGAUAAUGUUUGUUUAUUUUAUUUAUGUAUUAUUAUAUUUAGUCUAUUAAUAGCCGAUAACAAUAUUAACGGAGCAAGUGUUGGACUAACUCUUACACAAGUGAUAACUCUACUCAAUAGGAUUCAAUGGGGAGUAAGACAAUCAAUAAUAUUACUAUGCCAAUUGACAUCAGUUGAAAGAGUUAUAGAAUACACUAAUUUACCACAGGAAGAUACUCUUCACUCUAUUGAAGUAAAAAAUCCACCAAAAGAAUGGCCUUAUUCAGGGAAAAUCGUAUUUAAAGAUUUUAAUCUACGUUACAGCUUAAAUUCACCCUAUGUAUUGAAAGAUCUAAAUAUUGAAAUUCGAUCAAUGGAAAAAAUUGGUAUUGUUGGCCGGACCGGUGCAGGCAAAUCAUCGUUUAUCGGAGCAUUAUUUAGAUUAGCUCUGAAUGAAGGUAAAAUCAUCAUUGACGGUGUAGAUAUACAUGAAUUGAUGCUCAAAGACCUGAGAUCUAAGUUAUCUAUUAUUCCUCAGGAACCAGUAUUGUUUUCUGGGACAAUGCGAACAAACUUAGAUCCAUUUGAUGAAUACCCAGAUCAUGAUCUUUGGAAUGCUCUAGAUGAAGUGGAACUCAAAAACUUUGUGGAGGAUUUGCCCGAUGGUCUUAACUCGAAAAUGUCGAAUAGUGGUUCGAACUUCAGUGUCGGUCAACGACAGUUAGUUUGUUUAGCUCGAGCUAUACUACAAAACAAUAAAAUCCUAAUAUUGGACGAGGCCACUGCCAAUGUUGAUCCGCUGACUGAUAAAUUGAUUCAAAAUACAAUAAGAAAUAAAUUUAAAAAUUGCACAGUACUAACAAUUGCUCACCGUAUAAAUACUAUUAUGGACUCCGAUAGAGUAUUAGUUAUGGAUUUUGGCAAAAUAGUUGAAUUUGAUCACCCGUAUAAUUUAUUGAAGAACACUGAAGGAUUUUUUUACAAAAUGGUUGAGCAAACUGGAAAUGAUACAUCUUAAUUUUGACAUAAUGAGGCUACAGAGGUAUAAAUAAUUCAUUACGCAUAUUAAUUUUGUUUAUCAUUAAAUAAAAAAUGUAUUUAUUUAUGUUUUCAAAUUUGAAUCCAUUAACCUCUCUUUUUUAAUUAUAGACUUUCAAAAGUCCUUACAAUAAAGCAAUUUCUAACUAAGUAAAUUAUUGAAUAAGAUAUGUUGUUUAAAAAUGAAAUAGUAAUAAAUCAUACCUUCUUCAAUUAUU